AUGACAGAAACAAUAAGACAUCACGAGAAUGUCAUUGUCAUGGGAGACAUGAAUGGACAUGUCGGACAGAAUAGAGAUGGAGUAGAGCACGUCAUCGGAGAGUUUAGCAUUGGCGAAAGGAACCAGGAGGGAGAAAGAAUAAUAGAUUAUUGUGUGAUGAAUAACAUGUCCAUUAUGAAUACUUAUUAUAAACAUCAGGAGAGCCAUAAAUGGACAUGGUAUCGGUGGAAUGCAGCACAACAAGGAUAUACUGAGAGGUCAAUGAUUGACCUGUUUCUCACCAACAAGGAAAACAUAUUUAAAGAUAUCAGGACCAUACCAUCUGUGUCCUUAGACUCUGACCACAGGUUGGUGGUGGCUAAAUUGAAAAUUGUAAAACCAAAGGAAAAAGUCAAGAAAAAGCAAAAGAGAUUCAAACUGGAAAACCUCAAGGACGAAGAGAAGAAGCAAGCACUGCGGCAACUGAUCUGGAAAAAGCCUUUGAUAGAAUUAGAAGAGAUCGCUUGUGGAGAGUCUUACAACAUCAAGACUACGGCAUAA